UCCUCUGAGAGAGCAAAGAGAGCGCUAGGUCAUUCUUCCUGUGUUUGUAGCGUUCUAGCCGAGGAUCCAAAGCGCCUCUUUCUCAGUUUCUCCGCCGCGCUAGCGUGUGCUUGCCAAGAUCUGUGCCGGGAAGGGGGCGGUGGGGCAAAUUUCGUGGCAGAUCUCUGCGGAAUUCGAGCGGCGCGCCUCGGCUUUUCCAUGGCGCAACAAUUUCUUCGAGGAAAUCCGGAUCCACAGGCAAGCUGCUACUGGUCUUCCCUGCAUUCUCCAUAGCGCGGUCUGCCCGAGCUCCAACCAGCGCCAUCACUGUUGCAUCGGGCGGAGUAAAGAUUGGCGCCCGCGCGGCCGAAAUAUUUCUUUUUCCCUCUCUCGAUUUCUUGCCUAGCGCGGCGCUCGAGGAAGCAACACAAUGCAUGCUAGGUCCCAGGCGGCAGCAGCAGCGCACUCCUCUUUCUCGAAGCUGGAAACAUCAGGUCUUGUCGCUGCCGGGGAGCCCUUGGCAGGAUUUCUCGGCCUCUAGGCACGGCAAUUCCAGGUAGCUCUCGCUCUGAUCUAGAUUUCUGGGUUCCUGGGCCUUGUAGCGCUAGAAUGGGGACUCUGGACACGGCCAAGCAGCCAAACUGGGAGCACCAGGGCGACAGCAAUAGCAGCACUAGCACUAGCACUAGCAGCAGCAUAGACAUGAGCGUCAAGACUAGUUUGAGUAGCAGCACAGUCACUGGGGGGAGCAGCAGCACCGAUAACAGUGGCAAGAUCAGCGAUGGCACCAGCAGCGAUGUCAAGUGUAGUGGUGGGAAGAUCAGUGGUCGAGGAGGAGGAGGAGGAGGGGGCGCUCUCGCUGAGAGCGCCAAGAGCAGCCUUAGCCGGGGAAGCAAUAGCAGCGAUGUGAGCGACGAGAGUAGCUGUAGCAGCUUUAGCAGCAGCGCCAAUAAGCCCCACAAGGCCAACGACAAGAGAUGGGAGGCGAUCCAGUCGGUGAGAAUGCGGGAUGGGAGCUUGGGUCUCAGCCACUUCCGGCUCUUGAAGAGGCUCGGGUGUGGAGAUAUCGGCAGCGUCUACUUGGCAGAGCUGCGGAGCACAAGCUGCCACUUUGCGAUGAAGGUGAUGGACAAAGCGUCGCUGGCGAGCCGGAAGAAGCUGCUCAGGGCCCAGACCGAGAAGGAGAUCUUACAGUCGCUAGAUCAUCCCUUCCUCCCCACGCUCUACACCCAUUUCGAGACGGACAAGUUCUCCUGCCUGGUGAUGGAGUUUUGCAUGGGUGGUGAUCUUCACACACUGAGGCAGCGGCAACCGGGCAAGCAUUUCACCGAGCAAGCUGCCAAGUUCUAUGCGUCCGAGGUGCUCCUGUCGCUCGAGUACCUCCACAUGUUGGGCGUCGUCUACAGAGAUCUCAAGCCGGAGAAUGUGCUCGUGAGAGAGGACGGGCACAUCAUGCUGUCCGACUUCGACUUGUCACUCCGGUGUGUCGUGAGCCCGACGCUGGUGAAGUCGUCCAUGGAUGGAGAUAAACGGGGGCCGGCCUACUGCAUACAACCGGCGUGCGUGCAGCCAUCGUGCAUCCAACCGGCAUGCGUCGUGCAACCAUCGUGCUUGCUCCCGCGGUUCCUCUCCAAGGCCAAGUCGAAGAAGAGCCGGAAGCCCAGGAACGACGUCGGCAACCAGGUGUCUCCACUCCCGGAGCUGGUCGCAGAGCCAACAGGAGCAAGGUCCAUGUCCUUCGUCGGGACUCACGAGUACCUGGCCCCCGAGAUCAUCAAGGGCGAAGGCCACGGCAGUGCCGUGGACUGGUGGACGUUCGGCAUCUUCCUCUACGAGCUCCUCCACGGCAAGACGCCGUUCAAAGGCUCGGGCAACCGGGCCACGCUCUUCAACGUGGUCGGCCAGCCGCUCAAGUUCCCGGAGACGUCCCACGUCAGCUUCGCGGCGAGGGACUUGAUCCGCGGGCUGCUCGUCAAGGACCCGCAGCACCGGCUGGCGUCCAAGCGCGGCGCCACCGAGAUCAAGCAGCACCCCUUCUUCGAAGGCGUCAACUGGGCUCUCAUACGGUCGACUGUACCGCCGGAGAUCCCCAAGCCGUUUGAGCCAGAGCCGGUGCUUCCGAGCAGGGUAGCACCACCGCCGCCACCUCCGCCGCCGCUGAGCUCUACUACCACGCAACACUCGCUGGAGAAGAGGCCGGUGACUCCGGCCAGUGCUCCUCCAGCGGUAACUCCUGUUGGUGGCGAGGCAAACGGGUCAGGCUCGUAUCUGGACUUCGAUUUCUUUUGAGCUUUUGGAGUGGGUAGUGGCUGAGCGAGCAGCAGCAGCAGCAGUGGCGGCAGUAGCACAGCAAAUGUGUGGGUGUGGAGGGACUGGCGGAUAUCGACACGGGGCAGGACAAAAAGGAGCUACAGGGAAGGAAAUGCGUUUCUUCUUUCGGUACUUACAAACCUUUCCAGCUAUGGAGGACUGGAGGACAGUGAGAAGACGAAGAAGAAGGAGAAGAAGAAGAAGAAAGGAGAAGAAAACGAAAGGGGGAGAAGGAAGAACUUCACUGUCGGGGGAUUGGAACAAAUUUUCGACAAGCGAUCUUCAACAGCAACAAAACAAAAGCAGCAGCAAUUCAGAGGCCGGAGGACUUACCCAACAAGGAAAGCAGGGAAAGAACAAAACGGAGAGGAGAGAAAAACUCGAGAUCAACAAUUUCUGGGGAAGAAUUGGAAUUUGACAGGUGAGGAGAAGUAGUCACUGUAGCUAUCCUUUGUGUUCUUUUAAUACUAGCCACUCUUGUAUUGAAAUAUUUCUCUUUUUUC